AUCGGUACUGUCCCACCGUUUUCCAAUCCGGAUUUGGCAUUUUCAGAACUAAAUUAAGAGUGGUCUUACCAUUCUUAAGCCACCAGCUCAAACUGUUACACAGACCUUGCGAGUGAGCGAAGACUAGCAUUUGCCUCUUGCUUUUUGUAGGUAUGUCUCGUAGUCUGCAAAUUUUCUGCUUUCCACAAUUCUGAAAAUUACUCAUAUGAUGAAACAGGGUCUGGAGUUCUCUGUCUCUUGUCCACAAGGUUCAACAAUAAACCCCAACUAGAAGAUGAUUUCUAUGUGCCAUGAAAGAUGCUAAGAUUGAACCAUUGGCACCCCAUAUCUUUUUCUAGACUACUCUGCACAGUCUCCUACUCAUCAGACGCCCAAAAGCUUUCUAAAUUACUCUUAGACAUUGGCAAUCUUGAUGAUAUCGAAUCAAACUUGAACCAGUCCGAAAUCUUAAUCUCCCCACCAUUAGUGACCCAAGUUAUGGAGUCAUGUACGCAUCGUGCACAAACCAGGAGGCUCUUAAGGUUCUUCACUUGGUCGGCGAAACAACCCACCUGUAAAUUACCAGACACUUUGUUCAAUCAUGCCAUCAAACUCUUUGCUUCACUAAAGGACCUUAGAGCCAUGGAACUCCUGGUCACGGAGCUCAAGAGAGAGAGCAGAGGAAUGGGUAUUGAUACAUGGGCAGCCAUUGCUACAACAAUGGUGGAUCAUGGAAAAGAGGACCAAGCAAUUGGUAUAUUUAAGAACAUAGAGAAAUAUAGGUGCCCAAGAGAUGAAAAGAGCUUGAAUCUUCUGGUUCAUGCUCUAUGUGCUCGAGGCCAUGCUCGCAAAGCUGAAGGUGUGGUGUGGAAUGCGAAGAAUUGGGUUUCGAUGGAUUCAUAUAUAUUCACCACCCUGAUCCACGGGUGGUGUAUCAAAGGGGAGUUUAAGGACGCUAGAAGGGUUUUUGAGGAGAUGAGGUCUAAUGGAUUUAGUCCGAAUUUGGUUGCUUACCAUAGUUUAAUUAGAUGUGUUUGUGCAAAAAAUCUGAGGAUUAAUCCAUCUGCUCUUGUUCGAGACUUUUUUGAAUUGGUUAUGGAAAUGAGGUCUAAUAGUGUUUGUCCCACCACAAUUAGCUUCAAUAUAUUGAUCUCUUAUUUGGGUCGGGCCAGAAGAGUUAAGGAAGCUGAUCAGGUUUUCCGAGCAAUGGUCCAAGAGGGGUGUGAUCCUGAUUAUGUUAGUUAUUUUUUGGUUGUUAGGCUUUUAUACUUGACUGGUAGAAUGGGUAAAGGAAAUGAGAUGGUGGAUGAGAUGAUUCAGAUUGGGUUGAAGCCCAAGGCCAGGUUUUAUCAUAGUUUGACUGGGGUCUUAUGUGGGGUUGAAAAGGUUGAUCAUGCCCUUUGGCUUUUAGCGAGAAUGAAGGAGAAUUGUUCAGAGGUUUAUGGUCCCACUUAUGACUUGCUUAUUACGAAGCUUUGUAAAGGAGGGAAGUUUGAGAUUGGUAGGAAGCUUUGGGAUGAGGCAUUGGAGAGAGGGGCAGUGCUUCAAUGUUCCGUUGAUCUGUUGGAUCCAUCAAAAACUGAGGUUUAUAAGCCGAAAAGGAAGGAAAGAAUGACAGAGUUGGCCCAAAAAGGGCAGAAGAAGAACAAGAAGAAACAACACUUGCAGAUGCAAAAGACGAGGAAAAAGAAGAAAUGAGUGAUCACUUUUGUAUGUUAAAGAUAUGGAUACAGACACGAACAUGGACAUGUCCAAGGAGAAGGGAUACCAUUCAGCUUUCCAUGAAUUCCUGCACAGAUAUGAAUAAUAUCUUAUCAAACAAGAACAACAGAUGAACUUGAUGAUUCACACACAAACAUGAAACUUAUACAAAGUGCAUUUUUGGCCAACAUAAUUUUGCUUCUUACACAAGACCAAUGGUGGCACCAGUAUCACAUAUUGUCAAUCCCUUUCCCCAAUGAGAGGAAGCUGAUUGAGAAAGAAACUUGGAAGCCAAUUAUUCUGAGAUAGCUUUCUGAUCAGAGGCAGUGAGAUGCGUGGAGCUUGACUGGCCUUUGAUGUUCACAAGGGAGGUCGUGUUGUCAUAAAAGGAUCUUCAAGCCUGCAAUCGAACCUUGAUGGACGUUGUGUUAUGCCAGUGCACCAUUGAUGUUCUUGAGACGGUUCUGGUGAUCAUCCAAGAGUGGGGGAGCUACAUAACACCUUUCCUUGUUUCUUAGAGCUUCAUGCUUUUAUUUAGAGGGGAGUGGAUGAGGUUGACAGGGGUCAGCUGAGCUUGAAUUUGUUGGAAACUGUGCAGAUUCUGCCGCUCCUCUUAAGGUUUUCUCGUUAAAUUUUGGGAUAUCGGAGGCAUCCCUUGACUUUUAAGAAUCUAAGGGCAUAUAGGAUUCUUGUGCCUGUUUUAUUGUUCAGCCCUUGUUGGCUCUUACAGGUUGGUAGAAAUUUUUUUGGGAGAUUCCAAGUGAUGCUAGAUGAUAUGAAAGCUCUCUUGGAUUCAAAACUUUGAUUAUGUUGGGACAUAAGUUCACAUGUUUGGCUAUGCGGCCAUUUGAUCAUUUCUAAGUGUUUGGGCUAUUGGGGGCCAAAGUUCCUGCAAA